AUGACCAAACAAGUACUGAAUUACUGCGAUGUUCAGCUGUACGAGUCAGAUGUAGCGCUAUUUCUACAUCGAGAGUGGCUGAAUGAUAAUGCCAUGAAUUUUUAUCUGCAGUAUUUGACACAAACACGCGCUUCAAGUGAUAUCUUGCUCAUGGAUCCGGCCGUAGUCUCGUGUCUUUUACAUCAAUGCGAAAACAAGGACGAGUAUGAGGAUCUUGCGAGAGGAUUAAAUCUCAUGAUGCGGCGGGUCUGUAUUAUACCCGUGACGGAUAAUAAUACACUCGAUGAUAAUAGUAGCCAUUGGUCCCUGCUGCUUUAUUGCGAUGGCCACUUUCGUCAUUUGGACUCAAAUGCUGGCCAUAAUCAACACGCAGCACAGCAAGUGGCUAAAGCGUUUGAGCUUUUGCUUCAAUCAAUUGGAAGACAUGAUGGAGACGGAGCUUCUGAUCGAGUAGAGGAAGCAAUUGAUGUUCCACAGCAGCAAAAUGGGUAUGAUUGUGGUAUCUAUGUGUUGCUAUUUGCGGACUAUUUCUGUAGUCAAUUGAAAGACACAAUGACUCUGAAAGCUUUUGCAACCCCUGAACGCGCAACAAGACUUCGUUUCGAGGAAAUACCUAAACUUAUUGAAGCACUCAGACAGACUGAAGCAAGGCGAGGGUAA